CAGCACGUACACUGCAUCUCGCCGAAAUAUUUGUAUCUAGCACAUCUAGUGCGAAUCUGAGUUUGCCGGAUUUAACCGACGACGAUUCGGGAAAUAGAAGGAUAACAAUCGACAAAAUCAAGCGACUUUGGAGGCCAUCCAUUCGGAAUUAUAUUCUUAGUGGAAGCUAGAAGGCUUUGACUUUAGCUAUGGCGGACGGGAAGAUUUCCACGACGGAAAGGGUCAUAAAAAGUGUCCCACAUCCUCCCAAGCACAGACUGACGGUGAAAGAGGUCUAUGACCUCUCCGGGAAGCCCAGACCAGAGGUCCUCAAACAGCACUUCCUACAAGAGGGACGGUUAGAAGAAGAGGUUGCACUUAGGAUAAUCAAUGAGGGCACAGAAAUAUUACGAAAAGAAAGUACUAUGUUAACGAUAGACGCACCUGUUACAGUAUGUGGCGAUAUCCACGGUCAGUUCUAUGAUCUAAUGAAGCUCUUUGAGGUCGGAGGAAGCCCCCACGUAACACGCUACCUUUUUUUAGGAGACUAUGUCGACAGAGGGUACUUUAGCAUAGAGUGUGUGCUAUACCUGUGGAGUUUGAAGAUAUUGUGUCCAAAAACACUGUUCAUGUUACGAGGAAACCAUGAGUGCCGGCACCUCACAGAAUACUUCACAUUUAAAACUGAGUGCAAAAUUAAAUACACAGAGGGUGUGUACAAUGCAUGUAUGAUAGCGUUUGAUUGUCUACCAUUAGCAGCUGUGAUGAACCAACAGUUCCUCUGUGUGCAUGGAGGCCUCUCACCAGAAAUACACUCAUUAGACGACAUCAAGAAUUUGGACAGAUUCAAGGAGCCUCCAGCAUUUGGUCCUAUGUGUGAUCUCCUCUGGUCAGAUCCUCUGGAGGACUUUGGUAGUGAGAAGAACACAGAUCAACACUUCAGUCACAAUUCAGUCAGAGGCUGUUCAUACUUCUACAGCUAUCAAGCAUGCUGUGAGUUCCUACAACAGAAUAACCUUCUUUCAAUAAUUCGAGCGCACGAGGCUCAGGAUACGGGGUAUCGGAUGUACAGGAAGAGUCCUGCAACAGGUUUCCCCUCCCUCAUUACCAUCUUCUCGGCACCUAACUACCUGGAUGUGUAUAACAAUAAAGCUGCAGUACUGAAGUACGAGAACAAUGUGAUGAACAUCAGGCAGUUCAACUGCUCCCCGCAUCCUUACUGGUUACCUAACUUCAUGGAUGUCUUCACGUGGUCGUUACCGUUCGUCGGUGAAAAGGUGACGGAGAUGCUCGUCUCGAUCCUCAACAUCUGCUCCGACGAUGAGCUCCUCUCAGAUGGAGAUGACACAUUUGAAGGCUUAACAAAUAAAGUUAAAAAACCUUCAGUAUUACCAAGGAACGAUUCCACCGCAGAGAGUAACGCUGAUGCAGAUGAGGGGGCAACUGCAGCAAGGAAAGAGAUCAUUCGUAACAAGAUCAGAGCCAUCGGAAAGAUGGCACGCGUCUUCACCGUUCUCAGGGAAGAGAGUGAAAGUGUGUUGACAUUGAAGGGUCUGACCCCGUCGGGUAUGCUGCCAGUCGGCGCCCUCUCUGGUGGAAAGAGGACAUUGCAAACAGCGAUCGGCCAGAAGAUCAGUGGCUUUGAGGAAGCCAAGGGUCUCGACAAGGAGAAUGAAAAGAUGCCCCCUAGAAAGGACGCGCCUCCACCCCCCAACAACAAAGGCUCGUAAUGACCCCCUCCCGCUUCGUGUGCCCCUUCCCUAUAUCAGGAUGACACCCCUUAUCGCUUGUCCCCCUCGUCAUGAGCUGGUAGUCGCACUACUACCCCUCAUGAGACUUUAGGCUCUUUAAGGUCAUCAUUAUACCCCCAUUUCGUCAGAGCCAGGAACAUUCCUUUCUAAUCUUAAUCUUAAUCCCUGAUGCUCUCUGACCCUCGUAGCGAGAUAAUCCUAAUCUUCAUAUGAUCCUCGACCCACUGCCCUUGGGAGACCGACUGGUGGUUCUGGUACAAAGCCUAUGGCAAUGAGAGAACUUGGUAGUCAACGUGUUCAUGGUAGGACCAUUCUUGGGAACAUCCUGAUCAGACGGUCGGUCUCUACCAGACCGUAAGACACUGACAGUUUUCACUUUAAGCGGGACCUGUGUGAUGCAUAAAGUCUCCAGUGUUCCGAGAAAACUGUCGCGAGUUGAGAUGACGACGACGACUCAUCGAAGCAGGGGACCUGACCUGGAUAUCCAUCACAGGAAGUAGAGGUAACCACAACGUAUCCCAUGAAUCAUCUGGGGACGAGCUACAUCCGUCAGAAGCAGGGUCUUGUUUAAAGGGACGCAAUCAGCCCAGGUCUUACAUCACAUCCAACUUGUCUUAAUGUUCAACGCAAGAAACCAAUCACGAAAUAUUCAUCUUGUGUGUUUGUUCAAAUUGUUAAUGAAGUAAAUGGGAUGUUAACACUACUGUCGUUGUAACACUAUAUAAUAACUUAAUUCUUAAAACUUCACAAGCUAUAAGGGGAACCCCUUGGUACAUUGUGAAUCUGUUGAAUUUCUGAUAAAGUUCUUUACAAAUCCACCUGAGUCGGUUUGGAAUGAAAGAUCAAAGAGGAAAUUUGUCUUUUGUUGCUGUGGUUUGAUGCACUUGUAUCGCACAAGGUCAUAUUUUGCACCAAUACAUAGAAUAGAAGAUUUCAAGUUAUCUUGUUUGAACGUACCGAACGGCUCCCCCGUGGAGGCCUCUUUUUUGUGUAAGAGCAGAGGGGGAGACUGUUUACAUUGUUAAAGUUUGUGACUAGUAAUGUCAAUCAGGAGAGAGCACCUAUUUAAUGAGAUUUCAGUGAAGUUACAAUAUAAUACUAAUUGCAUAAAUAUAAAUUUGUAACAUUUUUGAGACACAGCAACAAUAACAGCCCAAAUUGAUUUACGAAAUUCAGAUAUAGCAAUCUAGCAAUCUGUUAAGAUUUCCCUCCGCUUAUCUUAAAUUCCCUCUUAAAUUGAGAAGAAAUUAUAUUCCUAGAUGAUCUGCUGCAUAUACAAGGGCAACUUGAGAAAGAAAUCAGGGUUGGGGCUAUAAAGUGUCUUUGAAAAGAUCUCUCUGAUCCUUGUACAGCUUCAGAUAUGAAUCAUUUACUUUUCAUUGCAGAAGGUGUCGUAGGAGAGCUGGAAUUUUGAUCAAAGAUAGCUUUGAUUUUGAUAAUGUUAGCUAUGGUCUCGUUGGAUGUAGCUUUGGGCACUUGGUUGACAAAAGCAGUGAGUGUUUCCAUUGGAAAACAAUCUUGCAACCUCAUGCAGAGCUGCCAAUUUGCUAAUCUGCUAAUUUUCAAGGUUUCAUUCUGAAAUUUGAGAAGACUGCUGACGAAGGUUCCAUUCUCGACUAUGAUUUUGUAGGUCCUGGCACUUCUGCUAUAUUUAUUUGAGAAAUUACAGAUCAUCUACAGAAUAUAACAACUUUUGGUGAUUGGAAUACUACAUGUCCUAGGGAAAGUUGGCAGCUCGGCCAAUUUGCUGCACAGAAUGAAACGCACAUGGCACAUGAUAAGUUGCCUUGGUACACAACAAGAAGAAAUGGGUAAUUUUUUUUGUCCUGGUCAGAUUAAGAUAUGAGGAUAACAUUAGAUUCCUUAGAGAUUGUACAUUGAUUGAUUAAUUCCUAUCGUCUCUUUAUUUUUUUUUAUUUCAUCAAGAGAUUUGGGCUGCAUCUUUCUAAAACCAUUGUUAAUUGUAAGAAUGAGUUUGUGUAUUCAUAACCAGGUCAGCAGAUUAAUUAUUUGAUCUAAAAAGCAGUGGUUCUUAUCAAUACUCCUUGCAUAAGAGUGCAUUUAAGAAACGAUGGGUGAUAUUGAUACAUGCAAUGGUACCAUGAGGGGGAGCAUGUUAUCAAGAAGGCUGACCAUUUAAAUUAAAUUUAAAUCGAUGUAUGAAACUCUUCUCGUAGAUUUGAGUCUAAACUACAGCCAAUGGUUCGCAGCAAGAUGGUGUAUCUUUCAACAAAAGAUGACAAUCACUAAUUAUUCGCCCAAAACUAUACUCCACAUUUUAGAGGACUUCAAAAUACAGUAACUGUAUAUUUUAUCUCAUUCAGAAAUUUGCUACUCUGUGUUAUUAAACGAAACGUAUAAUCUUAGAAUAAAUGUGGAAUAUAUACAUUUAUAUAUGAAUAUAUAUAUAUUUGAACCUAUAUCCUUCAGAAUCUAUGAUAAAAUGAGAUUCAUUUGUUAUGUUGUGUCUGGUGCAGAAGGAUGUUCAUGGACUAGGGUCCAGUGCGGAAGGUCUUUAAUUGUUUGAGGAGACAUGGGUCAUGGACAUUAAUGACCUUCUGCUGCUGGUAUUGGAUGAAGUAGCGCCUUUCUGACCUCUCUGACCUAAUUGGGAUGUGUUGGUGUAUAUAGUUGUACAUUGUAGAAGCACUUUUUUUGCAUGUUUAGAGUCAGCUGAAUGGUGUAGUUAUAGAUACUUGUUUUCAUUCAUUCAUUUGUUUGUUUGUUUGUUCGUUCGUUCUCACUCCUCCAAACUUACUGAUACUUUUUAUUAUUACCCCAAAAUCAAUGCUUCAUUUGAGAUGUAUGUGACAUAUGAAGAUGAAGGUCAGGGGUCAUGCAGGUCAUGACCUUUGCUCAUUUGCAUAGCAAGCACACACUGUGUACCAAUGCUUAUAUUAUUUCCUUUACUUUAACCCAACCCAGGUACCACUUUACGUGUUACGAUGCGAACCUGUCUAAAAUGUGUGUAUAUGUCAAAAUCGAUAUGAUUUACAGGUUCAAAGUUAGAGCAAAAAGAGAGAAGAUUAUUACAAAAGAGAGAACAUUAUUAAUAUAAAGAAGAUUUCUAGAAUAUUGAUUUCUGAUGUAUGAUUUGCAGGUCAAAACAAGAUUGAAAAGAGUAGAUAAUGUGUUUGAGAGAAAUAAAUGCAGAGCUUUUUUUCCAGCCCUACCUUUACAUGUAGCACUGUUACAGCUUGUCGACACUGCACUGCGACGAAUUGGUCUACUUUGACCAAUCUCUCUUCGGUAAUCAUUUACUUAAUUAGCAAAGCAUGUGCUACAUUCACAGGAUCAAAAUCUUGAGUUAAGUCUUCUAUAUCCACCCCAGACCUGUUGUUUUCAUUGCAAUUUUGUUUGUACUUCAUGUGUGCCAAGUCGAGUCCUUUCCCCUCGAACAGAACCCCCUUAGAUCUACAUAUUGUUCCAACCUGUUUAGAUUUAGUUUUGUGUUGAAACAUGCACGGUCUUACUGUACAUCCCAGGCUUAAAGCUAGUUCGUCAGUGGUUUAUUUCUAUCAAUAAACGUGAUAUUUUUGUAAGAGAAAAUUUGCACAUUUGACAAGAUUGCCUUCUUGAGUGGUCAAUUCACUUCUGCUCUUAAUGAGACAGCUUCAUGAUUUAUUUCUACAGAAAUUUUGUACAAAUUUGGAUAGGAUAAGAAAUGCGUUGAUCAAAAGUCUCAAUUUAUACCGUUUGAUUUCAGUUGGCAUGACAACAGACCUCAACUCCUGUGAAAUAGAUUUCAUCUGGUUUAGAAGAGAUCAUUUUGGUCUCUCACUUACAGUGGAAGAGAUUUAUAGUCAUAAUGAGAGGAUUUUGAGUUCUCCCUAUUUGUUAUUAUGUAACGUAUUGGAGGGUCAACUGCCACAUGCAUCAUAAGGUUUAUGUAUGUACGCUCCUAAUUGCAAUAUAGAAAUAUAGGAGGUUACAGAAACAGGACCUAGGUGUCUAUAUGUGGGACUGAGAUGAGUUUAUGAGAUCACAAUAUAAGGAUUGUUUAAAGUUUUAAACACACAAUUUAAAUAACAUGGGUUUGGGGAAACCCCCAAAGUUAUCUCUCCAAAGGCGAACUCCUUCGCAAUUACCUGUUCCGUAUGAAACGUAAAUAUCGAUAUACACAGCUGAACUCCUCUGAAGUUAGAGGUCUGGGAGAUAGACUAGUAAUUCCACGUUGGCUGAUGUUUUAGUACCAUGCCAAACUUUGUUGAUUAGGCUUGAUACAGGUAGUUUUUUCUACGUAGAUGAGAAUUUCAGGUAUUCUUUGAAUAUGCAAAAUCACCAUGAAUUAACGUCUAAAUUAUGACCAUGUAUGUGUAUCACAGUAGAACGAAGAAUAUCGAGGAGGAUAACUGGAUAAAUUAUUCAAAGUUAUAUAUGUAACUAUAUCUUGAUGUUGUAAGAUGCAUUCUUUGCUAGAAUUAAUUCUUUUUCUUUUUCAUUAUGAAUAUUACUCUGGUUGGAAAUGGGAAAGAAUUGUGUUCUAUAAAUAAUUUCCCAUGGUUUUAAUUUUGAAAUUUGUACAGAUAUAACAUUGAUAGCAUGACAAAAAUUAAAAAGAAAAAAAAAGGAAAAAAAAACACAAUGUAUGACAACAAUGUAAAAGUAGACUACAGAUAUUGUAAGGACAUUUCUUGUCAUAUAAUCUUUUUCUUGUACAAAUGUUUUUUUUUUUUUUAUUUGCCUGAAGUAUAAAUAAAUCUUGUGUGAUAUAAUUUCUUUUUUGAAAACAAGGUAAAAAAAAAGUGAGGUAAAUAAUACUGUGACUGUGUGUAGAUAUACGCAAACUUUUUAUUUUCAUGUUAAAUGGAACGACAAAGUCCGAUUGGUCUUUGGUUAUUAAACGCAGAUGGACAGGAGGGGGCAUUUGUGUGUUGAAAAUUUAGAAUGUAACAAGUUUGUACGCCUCUGUUUGUAUGUCUGUCAGUCUUUAUGUGAGUAGAGAUUAAAAAGGUUGAUGUAUUGAUGGAGAUCGGGACACGAUCUCUGUGAGAUAGAGCUAUGUAUUUCAACACUUAUUCCAUAGCACGCAGAGAAUAGAAUGGACUGUUUAAUCCUAUCAUGAAAAUAGAUUUAAAUGUCAGUGGAUUGUCAAUUUUUUUUAAAAUUUUCUUUUUCAAUUGGUUUCUUUCCAUCUUACUCUGUUGUUCCUCCUAAUUUAUGAUGAAUUAUAUGAAAGUUUUGGGUCAAGAAUCGUGUGCUUUACUUUGAAAGUACCUGUUAGAUAUCAUAGAAUAUGUUUAUGGUCACGUUUCCUUUUUAUAUUUAGAGUGAAGUUAGUUGAUAGGAAGAGUAAUGAAAUGAUUUGUCUGCCAUUGAGGAAGGGGGGAUGAUGUACGUUGGUUUCUCGUAGUUUCUGAAGCAGGAGAUGUAACAUAACGUGUUGAUUCACCAGCAUAAAGUGGAUCAUUUACUACCCUAAUUUUAAAUUAGUUCACAGCGAGUUUUUAUUUUCUUCAUCAGAGGGAUGUACCAUGCUGCACGCUGAUUCUAUGCAACUUUGAGGGUUGUUUGGUUUGUUGUAUGGGUGUUGGUUUGCUUGUAUUAGUCAUAAAUAAAUUGCCAAAGUGUUCGGAAAUUAUAUCCUUGCUCCUAUCUCCUCACCCUGUAUUGAUUUGAUUUUAAUUGAUUUUGAUCUCAUCACAAAAUGAUACGCUUGUUCCCACAUGUUAUUUUGGUACAUUUCAUUUCCAAUCUUUCUCCACCGGUAUUUGUCAACCUAUCAAACUGCAUACUAAGUCUAACUUAAAUACAUUGCAUCUUUUCAUGUGAAAAUUGAAUGAUAUCCUCCAAAACGAAAUAUGACAACUAUUGUGUCAAAAAAUAAGUAACAUUUUUGAAAGUGAAAUGAGAAAUUUCUUGGCCCAGUUUUAUAACGUAGCUUCUCUAAAAUGAACAUUCAGUAAAGUAAAGUAAUGUAAUAAAUGUAAAGUAAUGUAUUUAUUCUCUCCUGCUUCAGAAAUUAUAAGACUGUUACAAAUGAGCUUGAAUUAGAACCAUUUGAUUUACUUGUUAGAUAUUACGAAAUCAAUAAUAUAUACUGCUGUCAAAUUUUGUAGGCUUAGACAAUUGAAAUACACAUGAUCAAGUAUAUAUACAGUAAAGCGGUACUCUGACUUGUAGUUAAUAAUAAAUGAAGAUGGAAAUAGUAGGCUUUAGUUGUUUCUAAUUCACUUCAACGGAAACGGGCUGUAGGCAAUGGGAUCUCUUGUAGACUGAAUUGUGGAGAAUGAUUGUGAGAGGGCAGCAGACAGGGUCAAAGGUCAAUAGAGCUUGUGUGCCCGAGGAAGAUUGCUACAAUGCCAUCUGUUGUACAGGUAAUAGACUUCUAUAAUCAUUCAAGAUUUUGUAUCAUGCUGUAGAAUGAACAAAGGAAACAAAAAAAAAAACAAGGGGGAUUUGUGCAUCUGUUCUCAGAAAAAAGGCGUGCAUUUGCAUUUUGGUCUUUUUCUCUGCUGAGAAGAAUGAAGAAAAAAAAACGAAGAAGAGUAAUGUGUAUUAUUAUGAAUAUUAUUAUGAUUGUUACUAUUAUGACUUCUACUCUGAAAAAGAUCUCUUUGGUGUUUAAGGACAAAUAAAGGCUCACUUCCGAAUGGAGGAAAGCAUA